GUUGGUUGGGCUGCUGGCUGCCUGCAAAGGGCAGAGAGAACAGACACCCACCCAGCUGCGAUGGCCUCUCCAGCUACAGCAGGGGACAUAAAAGAUGAUGCCAUUUGCUCCAUCUGCCUGGGGUAUCUGACAGAGCCGGUGACUAUAGCGUGUGGGCACAACUUCUGCCGAGCCUGCCUCACCCAGUACUGUGCGGAAAAGGGAGCGGGGACACCCCUGACCUGUCCCCAGUGCAGAGCCCAGUUCCAGAAAGGGGAGUUCAAGCCCAACACCCAGCUGAGCAACAUUGUACAAAAGCUCAAACAACUGGGGUUAAAACCAGGAAAAGGGCAAAAGGAGGAUCAGUGUGAGAGACACGAGGAACGUCUCAAACUCUUCUGUGAGGAGGAUGGAGAAACCAUUUGCUGGGUGUGUGAGAAAUCCCGGGACCACAAGUCUCACACGGUGGUUCCCGUGGAGGAGGCUGCCCAGGAGUACAAGGAGAAACUCCAGGGAGCCCUGGGCCCUCUGAGGAAGGAGCUGGAGGAAGCCCUGGUGCUGACGUCUAAAGAGAAGGAGAAAACCACAGAGUGGCAGAGGAAAGUGAAGAAUAAGAGAGAGACGAUUGCAGGUGAAUUUAACAAACUGCACACGCUGCUGAGAGAGGAGGAGCAGCUGCUUCUGCAGAGCCUGGAGGAGGAGGAGAGGGAGACUCUGCAGAGACUAAGGGAAAAUGUAACCAAACUCUCCCAGCAAAGCUCCUCUCUGCAGCAGCUGAUCAUAGAGAUCGAGGAGAAGUGUCAGCAACCAGUUGUGGAGCUGCUAAAGGAUGUGAAAAGCACAUUGAGCAGGAGUGAGAAUGUGAAACUCCAGGAACCAGAAGCUGUUUCUACUGACCUGAAGAACGUGUAUAAAAUUUCCCUUGACAUGAGGAAAGCGCUGAAGAGAUUCGAAGUGGACGUGACUCUGGAUCCAGACACGGCUCAUCCCAACCUCGUCCUGUCUGAGGAUCGGAAACGUGUGAGACACGGAGACAAACGCCAGGAUCUGCCCGACAAUCCUGAGAGAUUUGAUAGAUAUUCCAUUGUCCUGGGCGCUGAGGGGUUCGUGGGCGGGAGGCGUUACUGGGAGGUGGAGGUGGGAGACAAGACAGGCUGGGACCUGGGGGUUUGUAGGGAAUCUGUGAGGAGGAAGGAGAAGGUCACACUCACACCUGGGAAUGGAUACUGGGUUGUUGUGCUGAGGAAUGGGGGAUACAAGGCCAGCACCUCCCCCAGUACCUCUUUCCCCGUGAGCGUCAGGCCCAGCCGGGUGGGGAUUUUCCUGGACUAUGAGGCGGGCGAGGUCUCGUUUUACAAUGUGACUGACAGGUCCCAUCUCUUCACUUUCACUGACACCUUCUCUGGGAACCUCCACCCUUAUUUCUGUCUUGGUUACAGUGCUGGGGCUACAAACACGGCUCCCCUGAUAAUCUGUCCGGUCCCAGCUCAGGCCGGAGGGAAUCUCUGUCCCUGACAGUGACUCCGCAGCACACACUGGCCCCUCUCAGCCCUGCUGCUCUUCCCGCCCACCAGUGAUGGGGGCCAGUAGUACUGCAGCAACUGGACUUUCUGUGCUGACCGGACGCUGCCAGUUUCCCUUUUCAACUGGAGGUUCCAGUCGAAAACCGGACACCUGGGAACCCCCAGCCCCCACCUUCCC